AUUUACAUUUUUUUACUAUUUUUUUUUAUUACUUUUAUAAACAUAGGUUACAAAACAAAGUCCAACUUUGAAAGGCUCAACGUCCACUACUUAACCAAUUAAGUUUAAUGUUUCGCUAUUUUAGCAAUAAGUUCAGUUUCCCGUAGCAAUGUCUUUGUCACCUCAAAUUUUAUUAUCGAAAACGGUACGGGAAAAAUGUGUUGCAAAAUUUAAAGAAUUACCAUCAUACAUACAGCCCGGGAAUCUUUUAAAACCUCGUGCCGCUGUGUUAGUCCCUUUAUUCAUUCAAAAUGGUGAAGUCCACCUGUUGUAUACCCUUAGAUCGAGUAAUUUGAAGAAUCACAGUGGUCAAGUAUCGUUCCCAGGUGGAAAAGUCGAUGAAAAUGAAUCACUGAUUGAAACUGCUUUGAGGGAAACUCAUGAAGAAAUUGGUGUCCCGCCAUCAUCAGUCAAUGUUUGGGGUGAAAUGCCUCCAAUGCAGGGUCGCGAUGGCAACAUCUUAAUUACUCCUGUGGUAGGAGUCAUUACAGAUUUGGACGUAAAAAAACUAAAUCCUAACAUACACGAAGUAGCCGAGAUAUUUUCUGUAUCAAUGUCAUCAUUUUGUAAUAAAAAUAAUCAUGCUCAUUUUAAAUACAAUGAUAUAAUUCUUCCGGUGUAUUUGUCAGCGAACCACAGGAUAUGGGGUAUCACAGGUUUUAUAACACAUAUGUUUCUCCAGUGUUUCCUUCCCAAAGAACUGUAUAAGGUUGACUUUACAAGAAAAGAGUUUACGCUCGACGAGCUUAUGCCUUCAAAACUCUGAAAAUAUAUAUAUUUUCCUUUAAUGACCGAGGUUCGAGCCAAUAUGAAAACAUUACAGUUGUAAUUAAGUUAAUACUUUUGAUGCAAGGCAUGUACAUAAUUUUUAUCUUAUAUUUUAUUCUGUAUACAUGUUGUGUAUUUUAUAUAUAUUUUUUUUUAUAUAUAUGUUCACAACAUUAUAAAAUUAAAUUAAUUAAUUAAUAUUUAAAAUAAUUAAUUAUUUAAAAAAAUAUUAAUGGUAAUUUAUUUGCUUAUCAACUUGUUAAAUAAUAUUUACAAUAUUGUGAUUAUAUAAUUAUUGUUAUGAAUGUUUUCUUUUAUUACAAUUUUUUUUUUUAUUAAAACAAUUUAUUAUU